GAAGAAGAGGGGAACCUCUGCAGGUCUGGUAGUACGAAGGCAAGUUGCCAGCUAAAGGUUAUGCAUUAUGGACUCAGUGUUUGAUUCCGCAAGCGGCGCAGAGAGGCCUGCGGUUCCACCUCGACCCAGUCGGUCUUCCCUCUCCGGUUCUGCCUCUUUUUCUGGAACCUCGCCCACACAGACCAGACCACCACCACCGUCCUUCUGCCCGCCGCCCCCUCCGUCACAAGAGGAACCGUUGGAUACAUUGUACAGUAAGGUGGAGCACCACCCCUACCUGGACGUCCUGCCGGAGGACGUAGAACAGAUGUCGCUUAGGAAGCCGAAACACGACUUCCAGUCGGUGCACUACUGUCCGUAUCCACAGACCAGUGAGGACAUAGAGGUACAGCUUCUGUCAGGGUGGUGCUGA